GCACGUAAAAUUUUGGACCAAUAGGAUCAAAGCAUCGGGAGAGCCAGGGGCAAGCUCAAUAAAGGGCGCUAGUGUCCGUCAAGUGUCACAGCCGUUGCUCGUCUCUUCAGUAUUGUAACUUAAAUCGGUGAUUUAAUUAGGAAUAACGUAUUUUUUUCUAGAAUUUGUGAAACUUUAAGCAAUAAUGACCGACAAGAAAGCGUACCCGGUGACACCUCAUCCACCAACAGGUUUUGUCCCUGCGCCGGCACAACCUGCUACCUACGGUGGUACACUUGCAGGUGCCGCACCGUAUGGAGUAUUUCCUAAUCAACCACAGCUUUAUGCAGCGCAAGGUCCACCGCCGCCUACGUAUGAUCAAACUCUUACCCAUCCGAUGAUGUAUCAACCUAUGUAUGGUCAAGGAUAUCCAGGAUACUUAGCGGGUUAUCCUACCUAUGGUCCAUUGCAAUAUUACCCACCGUUGGCUGCAGCUGCAGCAUAUUACCCGGCAGCGGCAAUGCAGCCUCCAGUUAGACCUCCUACACUUGUGAUGCCUAACGGGUUCGAUGCUACCAAUCGAUUCGAUAGUAUCUCACAACCUGUCUUGCCACCUCCACCAACAGUUCCAAAUGCGGCCCAAUUAGCUGCAAUGGCGAGCCACAGUGUGGCUAUAUCACAAAAGAAAAACUUCCUAGGAGGAGGAACAGAAGGCGGUUACACCUUUUGGUAAACAUUAUAAACCUUUUGUGAAACACUAAGUCCAAACAAAGGCAUUGUUGUCAAGAUGAUCCAUGUAGGCAAAUCUGAUUUGUGUUAGAGUUCUGCUAUUUUCACAUUGGGAGCAGCUAUUGAUUAGUAUAUCUUGUGCGCAGACCGAUCGCGAAAAUGGCAUUUUCUUACGCGAAAUUCGUAACGUUUCAAAGCAUAGUACUUUUUCGUUAAUUUGUUAUUUUUUCCACGAGAUAGAUAGACAAUGUAAUCGACUAAUUUAUAAAAGAAAAUAUUGUAAUUUCAAGAUUUUGGCAAUUGGUCAGCGCAUCGAAUAUACUGAGAUUUAAGAAGAACAUUUAAGAAGGGAAGACUCGUGCGACGCUCGUUUAUACAAUUUCAAAACUGCUAUUUAAAUUUAACUAAGAGAGCAAGAGAGGAAGAGAGAAAGUAAGAGAGUAAGAGAGACCGUAUUUUCUACAACAAAGAUGCGUGAAAGUUUUAGGAACCAUAAUGGUCUCUGAUAGUAAAUCAAUCAUUGAUGAUGUCUUCACGAGAUGAUCGAGCGAUACAUGAAUCUUUUGACGUACUUAAAAUAGAAUUUAAGAUGACGAUGAUUACUCGAGGAAUAAAAUAUUCUUUCCAAAUUAUGCGAUUGUCACACGAUAUAUUCAGUGAAAUAUUAAUAUUCUAAACAUUACAAAACUUCUUUGCAAAAUGAUCAAUUCUUGCCACGCGGUAUAAGACAAUUUUCAAGUACGUUUUGCUCGAUCUGCCCGCAGCUGAAACGGCUAACAUAUAUUUCGAAACGCACGAGAUAUUCCAUUUAUUUCUUUUUUAUUUAAAUAGAAGGGUUUAUUGAACGCGAGCGAGAGUAGGGAACACGGUGUUGUUCUUCUUUUUAGAGUUAACGGGUGAAUACGUGCACCAGUGGAUGCGAGUUGUCUCAUUCGCCUACAGGGAUCGAUAUUCAAAGUGUGUUCUAAGCCUUUUUUAAGCGUGACUUGGUUUUCUGCGAGGCAGGCUGAAGAGUUAAAGGGGCUGCUCACGUUAUUUCUGUUACUUUCUACACGACUAUGAAUUUCUAUUCGACGUUCUUUUUUUUUACCCUUCUGAUGUUAUCAAUGCUCUAGCAAGAUCUGUUUUCCAAAGUAGUCUCUACUUUGUAACGUAAUCAUUAUGGGUAGCCCUAAUGUUUAGAGAAAAAAAAAUAUGUACGUGAUAGGAGCCUGAGGAAUGCGUGAGAGUCAUUCGUAAACUGUGAAGCUAAAUAUGACCAUGGUGUUUAUUGAUACUAGAUAUUAAAAAACUUACAUAGGAAUAUUAAUCUCAGUUUUUUCUUUCGUGUUUUAUAGAAAAUUGUAAUGAUAACAAAUCAUUGAAGAACUUAAAAAGAUUUCUUCUCGACACUAUUAAAAUCAUUAGAUUUAAAAUGUCUUUCGCUAAUUUAGAAAAACGAAAGAGUAACGUGUUUAGAGCUCAAGUGCCAAACAGGACAAAUGAAAAUUUGGAUUAUCGAUGAUUCUCACGUAUUCGAAGACUUCGAAGAUACUUACUAACUCUACAUAAAAGUCCGCACUCCCUUCUAUAAAAUUAGUAGUCUUUCUUCCUAGUUGUUUGAUCUUUCUUUCCUUUUUUUUUAAACGCAGAUUAGCUAGGUUGGCUAACAAAGUUAUUAUUUAAUUGAAAUGAAAGGUUUGUCCACGACGUACGAGUUUUUUUAAGCAGGUUUAAUUGUGCUUUGAUCGAAAUCAAUACCAUUCAAUGUAUUAAAAAUAUUCACCUUAAAAUAUUUAUGUAUUACCAGCUACCUGUUUAGUUGAUUUUUAAAGUACGCUCUCAUUACUAAACAUUUAUUGUAACAGUCGCAAAUGAUACCUUGACUCUCUCAUAAAUCGGAGAGAAACAAAAUUUUGAUCGCAACUGUAUGGAAAAUGAUUUCGACCAAAGCUCACGAAGGAAAUAAAUAGUUGACUCAAUUUCAAAGUACAAAUUGAAUAUCAAUGUAAGUAGAGAGAAAAUUCGUAACGACGUGGUCAAGCCCUUAUGUCAGCCAUAUUAGGCGAGUUGCGAUGAUGAUGAUGAUGAUGAGGAUGAUGAUGAUACGGUAAGCAACGCAGCGAGUUCGUAACACUUACGAUUAUACAAUGCAGAAUUGUUAACAACAACAAUGUGCUAUUUUCUGAGAACUUGAGAUCUAAUUCUAUAAGAGUGCAGAGACACACAUACACAUGCAUACACGAAAGGAAUUCUGGUGAUCAUAUGAACUAGUUGCACACACAGCUACGAAAACGACUGUUUUGCUCCGCGAUCAUAGCAUUAUAAUAUAGUGCGGUGUGAACCUGCUGAUAGAACACUCGCGAUGGUUCGAUUCUGCAGGUGCACAGUUAAACACGAUAUUAAUUAAGCAAUGAAGAUCGAAGAAAACUAAUUUACAAUCGGUGAUAGCUUAGGAUAGGACCAAGAAACGCAGUUCUAUUUAGAAAUUUUUCGAAUGGAUGUUCCGGCAAACUUGACCAGUACUCUAAAUAUGUUUCGCAUUAUGGACUUAACGAGGAUGGGUGUUUAAAGACGAAGAAAAUGAAGACCCGUCCUUGGUGUUAGAAAAGUGAUUUUCAACUCUCCUCGAGAGGGAAAGAGAUUAGAACGAAUUGCAAUUUAAUUGAAUGUGAAUCAAAUGUGAUUUCUAUUUUAUCUUACGAACUUAUUAGUUGAAUUUCUACUAAAGGUUUAUCGCUUGGAAGGUAUUGUAAAAUUUUUUACAUCCGUUUCAAAGCAUUGUCCAAUAUAUUUUCUAAUUUUGCACAUUACAACGCAGUGAUUUCUUAAAAGGAAACAAAAUACGAACACCGUGUUAUUUGUAUUUUUGUGAUAAUAUGAUUACCUCAAAAUCGAAAAGGCAGAAAACACGUAGGUACUUUAUCUUGUUUUGUACCGUCAUCGAAUUUAGUUCAAUUUCUGUACGAAAACGCAAAAUACGAAAAAAAAACAAGCAGAAAUAUGAAAACGUAACUAUUGGAAAUUAAUAAUUUUUGUAUUAGGCGAAACGCACUGGCCAAAUUUGUUGCCACAGCGCCAUAACUUAACAUUUACCUUGUACCUUCGAUUCUUUUUUUUUUUUGUACCAGAUGUACCUACAGUUAUUCAACAUUUAUGACCAGCGUUUGAUAAAGAAAUCAAGCGUCAAUCUCAAUCUAACUAAAAAAGAAAUAAAAUCUAGUCCGAAGAGUCUGACUGAUUGGGAUACAAAAUGUUACGCAUAGACCUCCUUUUUUGUUUUUGUUUUUCUCAGUCCGUGUGACGCCAGGUGCGAAAUAUUUCCCGAACAUUCACUAAUAUAUAAUAUAAUCUCGUGACAUCUGAGAAAAGAAAAUUGACAUUUUUUCCAAAACUCAUGCCAUUCCACUUAACGACAUUGAGCCACAAUCGAUAAAAACACGCGUACGAGUCACAUUUAGGAAUUUUCGAGACACGCGUACGAGGAAUUAGCGAAGUUGUGUCGUUGCCGAUAUGUAAUCACUCUCGUUGAAAUUUUUUGCGAGUUUGCAUAUCAGGCGAAGAAGAGUCGCUUGUUGCAAAAGUCACUUCGCUCAUAUAUUAACAUUGCGCAAAAAUAAGUGCACUAAAAAGCCACCUCAAUCUAUGCAGCUACUGUAUACAAGAAUCGAACAUUUGUUCUUUUUAAUCAUAUAGGAGAAAAAAUAUGGAAAACGAUCCAAAGCUAAUCGUCUACCUUUUUCAUAGAAACUUGUACACAAACACUCGAGAAAACAAGUGGAUUAUAUUGCGUUGAUAUUUAUAUUUAAAUUAUUAUUAUUAUUUAAACGAUUUAUUUGCAGACGUUUCGUACAGUUUAGAUCAGAAUUUACGCGACAGUUUUUGACCGAUUAUUUUGUAUCGAGCGAGAGUGGUGGAAAGGUUUUAUAUCAUGAACAAGUGUGCAAUAAGCGUAAUGUCUAUUGUAACAAUAAAGAAAUGAUAUUAAUUGCAACAGUGAAUUUGUUAUUACAUUGAACGAGCGAGAGAGAGCGAGAGAAAGGAAGAGAGAAAGAGCGUGAGAGAGAGAAAAUAAAAAGAAACAAAAAUGUACCAUUGCGAUCAUCAAAUGUAUUAGUUAAUAAAUACAAUGAUCAUGAAAUUCA